CUAUAUCUUCUCUCAAUCACUCAAAACGAUAAUAAAGAUGGUGAAGUUCCAACAAGAGACUACUUCAUACUUUGUCCUAAUACUUCCCCUCAGCUUCCUUAUCUUCACUGCUCUCUUCACCUUCUCUUCCAAUAAUCCUAAUAUUCUCCUCCUCACCAACACAAGGAACACCAUCAGCACUUCUCCUGCAGACCUCUCGGGCCGCCGCAACACGAGUGCCGCCAUUAUGACAUCGAGGGACGACCGAGUAACACGGGAAUGCGAUAUAUUCUCUGGCGAGUGGGUCCCGGACCCGAGUGGCCCGCAUUACACGAACGAGACGUGCUGGGCGAUCCACGAGCACCAAAACUGCAUGAAGUACGGGAGGCCCGAUUCUGGGUUCCUGAAGUGGAGGUGGAAGCCGGAAGGAUGCGAGCUGCCUUUGCUCGAUCCGUUGCGGUUCUUGACUCUCUUGCGAGGGAAGUCGAUGGCCUUCGUGGGAGACUCGGUCGCUAGGAAUCAAAUGCAGUCUCUAAUUUGCCUACUUUCCCGGGCUGAAUAUCCUGUAAUCAUUUCAAGCUCUCCGGAUCAAAGAUUCGUACACUGGCGAUACCCGACCUACAAUUUCACCCUAGCGGCUUUCUGGUCGCCCUAUCUAGUGAGAUCUGAAGAGGCGGACCUGGAUGGCCCGACCCACAAUGGUCACUGGUUCUUUCGCCCGCUGGUUUUCUAUGAGAACCGUCAAGUGGUCGGGUGCUAUGAGUGUCUAGCGAAGAACGUGACCGACCUCACGAGGAAUUACGGGUAUAGAAACGUAUUUAGGACUGCCUUCAGGGCCAUUAAUAGCAGGGUUAAUUAUCGGGGCGUGACAUUUCUUAGGACUUUUGCACCCUCGCACUUUGAGGGCGGGCUAUGGAAUACCGGGGGAAGAUGCAAUAGAACGAGGCCGUUCAGGUCCGAUGAGAUCCAUCUACGGGGGGCACAACUGAAUCUCUACGGGAUCCAGGUGGAAGAAUUCCGGAGGGCAGAAGAAGUUGGGAGAAGGCGAGGCCUAAGGUACAGGCUGCUGAACGUGACUCAGGCCACGUUGCUCAGGCCCGAUGGGCAUCCUACCGUGUACGGGCACCGACCAGAGGACAGGGUCACGUUGUACAAUGACUGCAUCCACUGGUGCCUACCAGGGCCAAUUGAUUCCUGGAACGACUUCCUAUUGGAGAUGUUAGAGACGGAGUUACGAGGAAUACUGCAUGAAGAAAAGCGUAGCCGAUAGGAUAUUAAAACCAAUGAAGCUCUAAGCCACUUCCUUAAUGCGUAAUCCAUCGUAUACGACCGCCCAUUACUUAUUCGAAUUUUUGCGUGCUUAGAUCACAAAUAAGUAUAAGAGAGAGUUCAUCUUUCUUUGCUGAGAAGGAAAUUUCGUCACUAUUAUUUAUAAAAACAUACGCCCGGGUUUCACAUCAUAUAUGCACACAUGGGACA